UGCCGGCCCCGCUCCCUCUCCCCGCCUACAAAAGGCUCCGGGCCGGGCGCGCCCCGCUCACAGCCCCGGGACCCCCCACCCAUGGGCGGCUCUCGGGCCCCUCGCCCGCCCGGGGGGUCCCCUCGCCGUGCUCGGCCCCCGGUCCGGGCCAGCGCCGGGGCACAGCCCGGGGACUGAGGGAGAUCCCGGGAAGAGGCCACGGGAAGUUCGGGAAAUCCCGCGGGAUGGAGAACAAGGCCAUGUAUCUCCACACCUUCUCCGAGCGGGAGAGCGGAUCCGUGCAGGACGAGCCCUUCGAGGGACGGAGCCUUUCCAAGCUGAACCUCUGCGAGGACGAUCCCGGCCGGAGGAUGAAAACCUCGGGAUGCUGCGGCCGGCUGGGCUCCGUGGCGGCGCUGAAAUAUUCCGUGGUGGGACUUUACCUCCUGGUCCUCCUCAUCCUGGUGGGAAUCUUCAUCCUGGCAGUAUCCCGGCCCCAGCCGCCUCCCGAGGACCUGAAGGCGCUGCUGGGGAAGGUCCAGCGGCUCAACGAGACCUUCCGGGACCUGCAGCUGCAGCUGCUGCACCCGCCGCCCAAGGGCGACCUGCUGGAGCACGUCUGGCGGCUGCAGGACGUGCUGCAGAACCACUCGGACUCGCUGCUGCUGCUGGCGGGCUCGCUGCAGCGGCUGCAGGGGCUGCAGUGGAGCCUGCAGAGCCAGGCUGCCCAGACCGAGCGCUCGCUGGCGCGGCUGCGGGACUCGCUGGGCCAGCAGAGCGACGCCGCGCAGCUGGAGCUCUCCCGGCUCUCCGUGGACGCCAACAGCAGCCGGCUGCUCCUGGACCACCACCAGCACCUCCUGGGCCACCUGGGCGGGCGGCUGGAGGCGCUGGGCGAGCAGGUGGCGGCGCUGGGCGGGGCGGUGGAUUCCGUGAACCGCAGCAUCUCCUACGACGUGCGCCUGCAGCGCUCCCGGCUGCGGGACCUGCAGGGGCUCCUGGGCAACGCCAGCGCGGACGCCAGGAGGAUGAGGACGGAGCAGGCGGCCAUGGAGCGGCAGCUGAGGCUGGAGCUGGCCGUGCUCAACAACGUCACCGAGGAGCUGCGCCUCCAGGACUGGGAGCACUCCGCGGCGCUCCGGAACGUCUCCGUGAUCCGGGGCCCGCCGGGACCCAAAGGAGACCGAGGCACGGAAGGGAUGGAGGGAGAGCCCGGCCUCCCCGGCCUCCCCGGCCUCCGAGGGCUUCCCGGGGAGAGGGGCCCCCCCGGCCCGCGCGGAUUGAAGGGGGACCAGGGAGAGCUCGGCCCCCGCGGCGCCACGGGAAUGCGCGGAUUCAAAGGUGAGCGCGGCCCCAAGGGGGACAAGGGGGACAAGGGGGACAAGGGGGACCGAGGCGCUGCCGCCGGCUCAGCUCCGUCCGAGGGCUCCGUGCGGCUGGUGAACGGCUCGGGGGCGCACGAGGGGCGCCUGGAGAUCUUCCACGAGCGCCGCUGGGGCUCCGUCUGCGACGACGGCUGGGACAGCAAGGACGGCGACGUGGCCUGCCGCAUGCUGGGCUACGCCGGCGCUGCCGACGUGUUCCGCAUGGCGCGCUUCGGGCAAGGCUCCGGGAAGAUCUGGAUGGACGAUGUUUCCUGCACGGGCUCUGAGGAUUCCCUGGAUCUCUGCAGCUUCUCGGGAUGGGGCCGAACCAACUGCGGCCACGCCGAGGACGCGGGCGUGCGCUGCCGGACGGACUGACCCCAAACACCCCAAAGGGAAACCCCAAAUCCACCCCAAAUCCACCCCAAAUCACUGACCCCAAACAAACACCCCAAAGGGAAACCCCAAAUCCACCCCAAAUCACUGACCCCAGAAACACACCCCAAAGGGAAAAAACCCCAAAUCCACCCCAAAGGGAAAAACCCCAAAUCCACCCCAAAGGACUGACCCCAGAAACACCCCGAAGAAAAACCCCAAACCCAUCCCAAAUCACUGACCCCAAACACACCCCGAAGAAAAAACCCCAAAUCCACCCCAAAUCACUGACCCCAAAUGCAUCCCAAAGGGAAAAACCCCAAAUCCACCCCAAAGGGCUGACCCCAAACCCAUCCCAAAUCACUGACCCCACACACACCCCGAAGGAAAAAAACCCCAAAUCCACCUCGAAGGGAAAAAACCCAAAUCCACCCCAAAGGGGAAAACCCCAAACCCAUCCCAAAUCACUGACCCUAAACACACCCCAAAGGAGUCACCCCAAACACACCCCAAAGGGAAAAAAAAAAACCCAAACCCAUCUCAAAGGGGUAAAAACCCCAAAUCCACCCCAAAUCACUGACCCCAAACACACCCCGAAGGGAAAAAACCCCAAACCCACCCCAAAGGAGUGACCCCAAACACACCCCGAGGGGAAACCCCAGACCCAUCCCAAAGGGACCGCGGAGAAAAUCCCAAAUUCAUCCCAAAGGGGCUGAGGAUGACCCCAAAUCAACCCCAAAGGGGAAAAUCCCAAAUCCAUCUCAAAGGGGAAAUCCUAAAGCCAUCCCAAAGGGACAAGGGAUGACCCCAAACCCAUCCCAAAUCCAUCCCAUCCCAAAUCCCAGGCGGGCACAGGGAAUGGGAUCGUUCCCAGAGAAAUAAAGGAUUUUGUUCUCCUUGGGUGGGACAGAGA